AUGGGUUCACGGACUGCAGAGCUGAGUCCUCAAGGCUCACCGACUUUGGGACACCAGAGCAGCACCUCUGAGGACAUCUGGGUGCUGCGCAAACCUCUGGCAGGUGGCGAGCGCAGUGGCAGUGUGGGCAGCCUCGGCAGUGUUCGGUCAUCCAGCAGCUUGCAGAGCUCUGGAAAUACACAUGUUCUGACCACCCCUGCACCCAGUCCACACCCGGCCCCCACACCAGGAGUCAACACACAUGGCCUUAACGCUCCAGGCCUGCAUGCGCAAGCUGAAGGAGUGAAGCUCCUGGCCACCGUGCUGUCCCAGUCAGUAAAAGCCAAGGAGCAUCUCUUGGAGCAGUCACAGUCUGUUGAGCAGUCGGCGAGCUCCUCCAGUUGCACUGUUCACGAACAGCGGUCGUUUGAGCGGAAAGCAGAGGAGGAUGAUGGGAAAAAGCAGGCAGUAGUGGCGUGGCUGGGUGAGUUUCAGCUGCAGUUCUACACCACCCACUUCCUCACCGCGGGAUAUGAUCUAGACACCAUUAGCCGCAUGACCCCUGAGGACCUGACGGCAAUUGGGGUCAUGAAGCCAGGACAUCGAAAGAAGUUAACAUCAGAGAUCAGCAAGCUGCCCUCCACAGACUGGCUGCCAGACCACAAGCCUGCCAAUCUGGCUGACUGGCUGUCUCACCUGGGUCUGAGUCAAUAUUACCAGGUUCUGGUGCAGAACGGGUAUGAAAACAUUGACUUUAUCUCUGACAUCAGCCUUGAAGAUCUGCAAGAGAUUGGCAUUACUAAGCUUGGCCAUCAGAAGAAGUUGAUGUUGGGGGUGAAGAGACUAAAGGAGCUGCAGAGAGGAGAAAGUAGCUCUGAGCCUCCUCAGAGCUCUUCAACACCUCCACCCAGCCCAGGAGGCAGCACCAGCUCAGAGCCCCAGCGGGAGGUGAGGAAGCAGAGGGAGGGCGCCCCCAGCCCCCUGGCCAAACCUCGCCCAGGUCUCACACAUUCACAGACUCCUCCCCACACACCGACACAAACCCCACCACAAACUCCCCCUCACGGCCGGACCCAGCAGGCCUCCCCCAGGGCUCGGCCACGCCCCUCAACCCAGAUGGCGACAAUAGAUGCAUCAGUACCGCUGCUCCGCCUGCCCUGUGAGGAGGAAGAGCGACGGAGAACUCACAGUCUAAUUGGCUCAGAAUCAGACUCUAGAUACGCCACUGUGUGCCGCAGCAGCUCCGCACGUACUGCCCCGAAUGAUGUCACUGUUAACCGCAGCCAAUCGUCUGUCACCCUCCGUCCCCGUCGGAAAGGUCGACCCCCGACACCACCUAAACGGUCCUGUUCUUCCAUCACGGGGGCUGAUGGGGAGGGAGAGGGACAGGUGGAGGGGCUACUAGGGCUGCCAACCUAUCGAGAGCGGCGAGCCAGCGACUGCGGCAGCCUGAGAGCAGCUUUAAGAGCCCAGGAGUCAGCAGGCCUGGAGAGAUCAGAAGGGGCUUCUGGGAGUGUUCGCAGCCUCGCCGCCAUGCUGGAAACGUCCAUGGUGGGUGGAGCCAAAACCCUGCCAAGGAAUCUGGGGGGAGGCAGCACCAACUACCUACAGGUGAGUCCGCCUGUACUUCGUCGGCAGGCAGGUGCAGGAGGUCUUGGAUCUGAGGAUGAUGAUGUCUUGAGUCGCCGCAGGACCAUCAGCGGACCAGAAGGCCUCCCUGGUGAUCAGAUUGACCUCUUACCUCGGCAGCCAGCCCAGCAACGUCCAGAACCCCGACCCCGCUCCACCGUGGUCUCCUCAACAUCAGAGAUCACAGACGGCACAGCGACACUCCGACGAAGGCCACGUCCUCUGGCGACAGACUCUGAAGCACCUGCAGCCGUGGACGCCAAUGCUGUUACCGGCUCUGACACCAUACGCAGGAGGCAACGCACAUCCGAGCAUCCAGAAAGUGUCACUCAAAGCAAUAACCAAUUGGACUCUCCCAGCAGUCAAACAGAUAGCAACCGGAAAAACGGAGGCGAGCCGCAGCAGAAUGGGGGCGUGGUCCUGAGGCGGCGGCCGGUGUCCGAGGUCACUGAUAGGACAGAGGCCAACAGAGAGAGCUGUGAGUGGAUGGAGGCUAGGAAGUCUCUGAAGCCGCCGGUCUCACCCAAACCAUCCACAGUCACCCUGAGGAAGACACAAGCCGACCCCCCGACUCCGACUCGCAGGGUCCCCAUACCCGGGCCUGAUAACGCCGAGACGGCGCAGAGCCCUGAGCCGAAGCGGGUUCCUCCUCCUGUAUCCCCGAAACCUCGUGGACCUCCAACGGCACCUAAACCAGGCAAAGCAAUAGUAGCUUCGGCUGCCAUGAGCCCGAGUCCUGCUGCUACCAGCCCAGCUGCAGCCAGCCCCACCCCGGCCCCCAAACCCUCCUCUCCUCUCCCGUCCUCUGUCGCCCCUCUCCCAGCUCCUGACACCCCCUCUGCUCCCUCCCUCUCUCCAGGGCUCCCUCUUACUUCCCCCUCACCGGCCCAGAGUCCCUCCACUCCGUCUCCACACCCUGUCAAACCUCCCCGCUCCUCCAUCGCCGGCCUCUCCAUCGACCUGCUGGGACCACGGGAGGUGGAGGAGGAAGAGGAGAGGAGAAGAGAGGAAGAGGAGAGAAAGAGAGAGAAGGAGCAAAGGAGGCAAAAGGAACAGCAGGAGGAGGAGAGAAAGAGAGCAGAGAAUGAUAAUCUGAAGGAACUGGAGGGUCAAGGAGAGGAAGUAGAGCAGGAGGAGGUGCAGCAUCGUUUGGAGGAGACCAGCGCCUCCUUAGCUGCAGCCGUGCAGGCUGUAGAACAUAAAAUGAAAGAAGAGGAUGCACAAAAUGACUCUCUUUCCAGCAAGAAGUCCACAGUCUCCAUCUUGGACGACAUCGGCAGCAUGUUUGACGACUUGGCAGACCAACUGGAUGCAAUGCUCGACUGAUCUCCUGCCCGCGUCUCAUCUCCAUCAAGCCCUUUCCCCUCUCCUCCCAUCAUGUGUAGGUGUUUCAAGAAAACUCUCCCAAGGCUCAAUGCUGGCGCUCUGAGAGUGUGUGUGCGCGCGUGUGUUUGAGCGUAUGUCCCUCCUGCGUGAGCGCUUCUCAUGUAGCCUUGUACAGUAAUACCGAGGAGGGAGUCCUCUUCGUCUGGCACAGUAGCUCUAGUCCGCCUCCCGUUGUGAGGAGGCCGCUCCCACACAACCUCUGACCUCUGCAGCCCAGCGAGUCGCCGCCGACGCCUAGCCUCAGAUGGCUGUGUGGACCCAGAAGCACAAUCAUUUUCCUCGUCCUUUUAUCUCUACAGACUCUGACAGAGACGCUAACUCAGUCAGAUAGGGAGGCAGACAGAUAAGCAUAUUGCUUGCAAAAAAAAAAGCACAUAAACUGACUGACAGACAGGCAGAUAGAUAGAUAGACAAGAUGCAUACAGAUGAGAUACCAGAGAGCGUUUUUAAAAGCACACGGAAAGACAGGCCGCUUUCUGAGUCUGUCCCGCUCCUGCGAUGUCAAACGGAUGCAUUUUUCCAGAUGAAUCGUAGCCUCUAUUUCUCUUCGGUAUGAGUGGAGGAUUGUGGUUUAGCCGGACUUCCUGACUUGUGUGUUGUCUCUCUUCAUGUCGUUGUUGUUGCUGUUGUUGUUAUCGUUGCCGUUGUUGUCGUUACGAGUGUGUGUAGUCCCUGCUGAUGCUCAUGUCAAUGUCCUCCCACUCGUACAGUAGUUAUUCUAAUGAAUCAGAGCGACGAUAUAGAUGUGUGUCCAUGACUUUUUGAGACACUCGCACAUACACACACAAACACACACACACACAUACAAUGGUUUUAAGCUCGCUGGUGUUCUGCUUUGUUGGUGUUUCACUCCGUCUAUGGAGUUCUGCUUGGAGAUGAAUCUACACACACACACACACAUUUACAUGCAAAGACACAUAUAUACAAGCACACUCAUGCGGUGUAUCCCCUUGUCCUGCUGCAGUGAACAGUGUUUUUAAAAGAUAAUCCUAUAUUUCAAUGCUUUAUAUAGUACAUCCAGUAUACAUACAUAGAGUUUAUAAUAUACCUGGGUAUUUGAGCUGUUAGAGCUCCCUCUAGUGUUGGUUAGUGAAACUGCCUCUAAUCUGCCCCACUUCCAUCUUGUCUCCCCCCUUUAUAUCUCCCUCUGUGUCCGUUUUGUUAACUCUGCAUCUCUCUGUGCCUUGGUAGUGCUCUCUCACAUGUUCAUUUUUGUCUCUUUUCUUUGUUUUCCGCUCAAACGUGUUUAAUGGUUUUCUGCUUCCUUACAACCCCUCCGCUCCUUGUGUGUCUGUGAUGUCAAAAGUAGCUUCUAGGUUGAGUUGUGAGUCCUAUACGAUCCCCUAAAAUCAAUCAGUAAGCUGUAAUAAAUUGGCUCUGCUCCUCCUCGGCUCCCCAGUUUUCAGUGUCCCUCCCCUCCCCCCAUGUAGGCCAGACAGUGGAUCAACCACCAGUGUACAUCCCAACGAAGAGUCCACUUGUAUUUUUAUGCUCUUUGAAAACAAAGAUAUAUUUGAGAGACAGAUGGUUCUAUGUGAAUAACAAUAAUAAUAAUAAUAAUAAUGAUGAUGAUAAUUAUAGACAUUGAAUUGAGGUGAGCUGAUUGAGCCUGUACAUUUAUGGUUGAGUUCUGGAUGUGUUGUGACGGCUGUUGUGCCAUGGUUGGGUUUAGG